GCAAUUCAACCGACGAAGAAGACGAGGGAAAGGAAAACACUAGAAGAAGAAGAAGGCGUCUUGUAGCAAAAGCGCUGUUGCUACAUAAAAAAAAAAAAAUGUCGAUCGUUUUUGUGCCAAAGAAACUACGAGGGACGGCGAAAAUUAACCAAGAGACGAUACAAAGGCUGCUGGAUGAAAACGACCAGUUAGUUAGAUGCAUCACUGAAUACAUGCAGAAGGGACGAGCAGUGGAGUGUGUACAAUACCAACAGAUCCUGCACCGCAACCUCGUCUAUCUGGCAACCAUAGCUGAUUCCAGCCCAGACAGCACGGCUCCAUCUUCAAAUUCUACAUCUAAUGUGACUUCAGCCUCUGCACCAGCUGUGAACGGGCAUGGAGAGAAGGGAUGAUGGCAGCUUCUGUCCGUUGGAGGAAGAUGUAUUUAUAAUGGCCAUGUUUGUUUUCAGUAUUGUUACCCAUUCCAGGAUGACUGACGUGUCAGCAGUUAUGUUGAAUGAUACUAUUAUGUGGAAAAGAUCAAUAUCAAGUAAAAGCAUUCAUUUGUUUUGUACAUUAAAAUAAUUUAUAUUUUUUAAAGCUGUC